AGGCACGGGCGUUAAUCUCUUGAAAGACAAAACGUGGACCAGCAUGGCGCGCAAACGGCACAACUAAUAGCGCCGGUACUAAGUAUGCGCUAGUACUGUCCAUUGACCCUUCCAUAGACAAUAUGAGGUGGCGAUCAACAAACAAACAAAUAAACAAACAAACAAACAAUCAAAGAAGCUUGUUACAUAUUUCUUCAAUCCAGCUAAUGUGUUUCUCACGUUACAGAACGGUGUGUAUUCCAUGCUGCCUUACGUUUGUAUGAUCAUCGUCAUCAACGUCGCUAGUCACGUGUCUGACUGGCUCAUCCACAAGGUCAAGUUCACGGUGCGAACAACGCGCAGGCUGAUGAACUCUUUAGGUAUGUUUGGAUCAGGAGCUAUGGUGAUCAUUCUUGCGCAGGCGCAUUGUGGCUGGGAGGGGAUGUCGGUGUCAACACUCUGUCUCACCAUGGGGGCAUUUGGCUUCUGUUUUUGUGGUCACAUUUCCAACUUCGCCGACAUCACCCAGGCUCACUCCGGGACACUGGCAGGGGUCUCCGACACAAUAGCCAUCCUGUCCGGCAUCGCUGCGCCUUACGUGGUCUCCACCUUAACACCAAAUCGGACGAGAGAGGAAUGGCAGAAAGCUUUCUAUGUGGCAGCUGGGGUGAGCUUUGCAGGGGGCCUGAUAUUCGCUCUGUUCUCUGACGGGAAACCCCAGCCGUGGGACGUUCACGACCGCUCCACACAAGCAGUCAAGAGAAGACAUGAUGGCGAUUGUCUCCGGGAUGAAGAACUGGAUAUGUAUGAAUGUGACGUGGCAGCGGCUGACGAUGUUGCUGACGUUGGGGAUGGACCUUUGGAGACGUCAGCACGCCUGCUGAGGGAAGGGUGUGUGGUGCUGGAGAGGGGACAGAACAUGGGUUCUGGAGACACGGGGCAGAAGGUCGUAAGGGGUCAAGGUCAUGGUCGAGGCUUGGUUGAAGAAGACGCGGUGGCCGACACCCUGCUCAAUCUGCCUAAAGAGAAGAAUGUGUCAUGUAGAAGAGGUUCAAAAUGAAUCUUCGUGAAUGUCCGGUACUGAUUAGAUUUUGGUUUGGUUUGGUUUGGUGUUUUACGCCGCACUCAGCAAUAUUCCAAUAUUCCACCAAUAUUAUGACGGCGGUCUGUAGAUAAUCGAGUCUGGACCAGACAAUUCAGUGAUUUACA